AUGUCGCUUCCAGUGUUCUCAACACAGUCGUUUUCUGUCCCACAUCCGUUCACCCCCACCAUACCUCUCUAUCCCCGGACGGAAGAUUCGACUUGUGCGAAAAGACAACAUCUCGAAACAGUUUUGGAGGACCCUGAUCACCACUGGACCGCACCGUUCAGGGACGGUCUGCCUACUCCUCCGAACGAUAUGGCCGGCGUUGCGUAUAAUAGUAUUCCGCCCUCCGGUUAUGGCGGUAAAUUUGGUGGAGUUACACUUCACCCCUACGCCAAAGCUCCGAACUAUACGCGCAUGGCAUCGGAACACCACUCUACUGCCUCUGUACCGCAGUCGAAGCCACCGAGUCAAUCCUCGCUUCAAGACGCCCCGUCUUCUGAGCCAGCUAGCCAGAAGAAAGGAGGUUCUAAGUCCGUUGCGUCUUAUUUGCAGAUACCGUCAUCUAUCAACAAUAGCAAGGGUAAUCUGGCCGAUUUUGCUGCUCAGAUGACAUGCUUGUUCUGGUUUGAAACUACGGCCAAGUUGAAUGAUAUCGAGGAAAAAAAGAACCCUCUUCUGUACAUUGUGCCAGAAGCGAUUCCGUCCGCUGGUUUCCAGAAAUGGGUAACAAACAUCCUCUCGACUACGCAAGUGAGCCAAAAUGUCAUUCUAUUAGCACUUCUUUUCAUAUACCGGCUGAAGAAAUUCAACCAUCGAGUCCGAGGAAAGAAGGGUAGCGAGUAUAGAUUGAUGACAAUUGCUCUUAUGCUGGGAAAUAAAUUUCUCGACGACAACACCUACACUAAUAAAACGUGGGCCGAGGUUUCUGGCAUUUCUGUGCAGGAAAUACAUGUUAUGGAGGUGGAAUUUCUCAGCAAUGUGCGGUACAAUCUCUUCGUUUCGGAGGAAGGGUGGACGCAAUGGCACUCGAAACUUAGCCUUUUUGCCGACUUUUUCAACAAGGCAUCUUUGGCACCGGAACCGAAGGAACUAGAGUCGUCAUCUCCAGCACUUCACUGGAGCUUGCCAUCAAACGCGCCAGCAUACGCAGCACCUCCCCACUUGAGCAAGGAAUUCCCGCCGGUGCCUUCCAAGAAGCGAACCCUAGACGACUACGUUGAAGACCAACCACCAAAAAGAGUGGCAAUGCCGACUGCUCUAUCUACGUCGAUGUCCACGCUUCCAUCGGCUGCUUUGACCGGUGUCCCUACUUUGCCACCAGUCUUGGCAGCAACAUCUGCACCCUCUGUGAAUAGCCUAUCUGGAUCAGUGUCACGAUUGCCACGUCCGAACUUCCCACCAUCUUCUAAUGCCCUAGUUUCGGGCAUUCCAACAUCUGUGCUUCCAUUUCCCUCCGUUGCUAAUCGCGCAAUGCAUUCGGUCUACAAUCCUUCCACCAAUUGGGUCCCCCAGCUGCCACCAACCCAGGUCCCUCCCAUUACGAACGGAUUGUACAACCCCUCGGUGUCACUCCCAGACCCUGCAAGGCAGCAUAAUAGUCCGUUUGGCGUCACCUCGGCCACCAUCUCUCCCGCCAUCUCUGCAUACUCCAGCCACACCCCCCAGACUAACUUGUCGCCUUCCUUCUUCCUUGCAAACCGCAACUCACCUUACCGACCUGUUCGCAAUUUCAACACCUUGUUGAUUCCUCCACCGUCGUCCUCACUUCAACAACAGCGCGCAGUUCCUUUCGAGCAUAUGCAUUAUCAGCCACUCGGCAAAACUGCAGCAGAGCGCAAGACAGGCCUGCUACCCUACCUUCAUCAUGAGGCUUGGCCGCAGGCACCUUUUCUUCAACCCACCUUCCAUUCAACUCCACACUAUUAA